AUGGACCCGAAUACUAGUUCCCAGGAUGUAAUACGAUGUGACUUGUGUGAGACAGCUAUAGUAUAUAUGUACUGUAAUACAUGCCUCAAUAACUUGUGCAAAACCUGUGUGGGAGAACACAUUGCAACUGAUGAAUUGAAAGAUCACAGAGUGCUCAAAUUUGAGUCUAGAAAUUCGACUCCAUUCUACCCUACAUGUAAAUGUGCUUUCCAUGAAAUAGAACGAUGUGAGAUGUACUGUAGACACUGUGACAUUCCUGUGUGUAACACUUGCCUGGCAUCCGAUCAACAUCUCGGUCAUAGAUUAUCGAAAAUCUUACAAGUUAUGGGGGAAAAGAAAGAAAUGAUAAAAAUGCAGCGAAACCAAUUAAAUGAAACCAUUUACCCAACAUAUCAACAUAUUGCAACUGAUGUUCAAAAUAGAAUACUAGUAAGUGAACUGGAAAAGAAAUAUAAAGAGAUCUCAGAAGCCAUCACGAAACGUGGACAUUACUGGCACAGUAAAGUUGAUAAAGUUGUGAAGAAACUUAAAUCCCAACUUGAUGAAAUAAAGAAAUCUCAGUUAAAAACUAUGCAAAAACAUUUGAAUGAAAUCAACAAGAAAAUUAUGGACAUUAAAGAUGACAUUGAUUUAUUUGAUGCAUGCAUUGCUGAACACACCAAUGACAUUGCGAGAUUAAUAAGUGUAACACCAAAGACGGAUCAAUAUCAGAAGCUUCCACAAAAACUUGUACCCUCACUACCUCAAUUCAUUCCAAAUACUAUUCAAGACGAAACAUUAAGUCAUCAAUUAGGAAGCAUAUCACCAUUUUCAUUUAUAUCAGAAGAGUAUGGUUACAUAUUCAAACCAAGGCAAGAAAUGCAAAAAGCCGGUUCCUCUCGGUUAACUAAAACGAAAUCACCAGAUGUUGUAUUCCAUCAGGUUUACAUCGAUAUUUUCUUACAAAUAAUCCUCAAAAUAUUUCCUGUCUUGGUGAUGAUAAAUUGUGGAUAUGUGAUGAAAGCAAUAUUAUUGAACUUUACGUUGUAA